UUUUCCUCUAAGCAAAAAGUCAACCCCAAACAUUUAUUCAAACACAACAUAAAAAGAUAUCACUGAUCAUCAUUAUCUUGAUAAGACACAAGAUCCCCUGAAAACACGAUUUAUGAAAUUGUGAAAUUUCUAUUCUUCCAUAUCUUUAUCAUCAUGGAUCAUGGUCUUAGUAAAGUGUUGGACCACCAUGAUCUGCACGACCACCUUCAAUGCACCUUGACAUUGAUUCUACGAGUCUCUGAAGCUCUAAUAAAGGGAUUGAACACUGUUCUUCUAAAAGGUAUUCCCUGAGUUGGUGUUUUCAUGGUGAGCAGAGACAUUUAAAUAAAUGUAAAUGUAAAUACAUGUCUGUUUCAACAUAGGCAAACUAGUUUUCUCUUGUGAAAAAGCCCAUCAUGUCUACACAACCAACUUUUGAGUGCACUGGAAACCAAUCCCUAACAUCAGAGAGGCUUGUCAGAGAAAGUGUGUACUUUUUUUGUACUCUGUCUGACUACAUGAGAUGUGUCUUCACUGCCAGCAAAUUCAUUGCCAAAGUCAUUAGCUGCUAAUUCUGCGGGAUCUAGAUUUUCUCUGAUAGGAUCCCACAGUAAAGAACAAAAAAACGUCUAUGGCCUUAUUAGUACUGGUGAGCACGGGAGGGGAAUAAUCAUACAGUCACUUAUUGCUGUGUUGGUUACUAAACAAGUCCCUAUCUUAUUGUCUCACUCUCACCCUCUCUAAUUCACUCUAUACACAUUCACUACAGCUUCAAGAUCUCCUUUACAUGAAUAGGGUUAAUGUAAGGCAAUACACCUCCAUCCAUCCAAGUCAUCUUUGGUCCUCUCUCUGCUCGGCUGCACCCGUUGAGUAAGUUAACUCUUCUUUAUCCCUCGCUCUAUAGUGUGUGUGGAUGGAGGCUGAGGGCAGGGCUGAUGCCAGUGUUAAAUGAACGGACAGGUGAGCGGCGCCUGAGUCCUCUGUGACCAGCUGGGCACUGUAAGCUGACCGCUGCUGUUGUGUGUGGUCUGAAUGGAGCUGAGAGACGAUGGGGUUGAGGUCGGGCAUGGAGAACCCCAGAGGAACCCGUUUCUCUCUCAGGGCUCAGGUGAAUAUCUUACACUCCAUCUGUUUGUCUUUUAUGGAGGGGCAAGUCAGGGACACUUCACCUGAGCUGCUGGGAAGAAGAGCGUGUAAAUGGAGGUGAGGCGAUAAAGAAAAGUGUACGUUAGAAGAUAAAAACGGUUUAAAUAAACACAAUCUUCUCCUAUUUAGGAGCUUUCUCCUCACCCCUCGAUACCACCAUAACCCCUCUCUGUUUCCCAAAUUUCAUUUCCCUUCUUCCUGCUCACUCAUAGCUGGUCAUAGAUCCCUCUGAGGACGCGAGGUCUUUGACAACUGAGGCAUGUCCACUGCUCAAGCAUUCAUUGUCACUGGCAAGUUGAGGGUUUCGACUAGACAGCUACCAGAAAAUCACUUUUCUACAAAAAACCUGAUGCUAUCUUGUUACACUAAAGAAUGAAUCAUUGUCCAGCCACACAGUAUGAAUCAUAGUUAGCAAAUGUAGCUGCCAGCAGUCUCGGGGGCUCAUGUGCAGAAAGUCGGUCACAGUGAUCGGGCAGGCAUUGCAACUGCACUGAUUGGAGGGAGAUUAACUGUUUCCUUUGACAAACAGCUCAGGUUUAGCAACUGUUGAGUGAGGAGAUUAUCAGUGCUUUUUGGCUAAAGCUUUCUUCUGGACGUCUACCAAGUUCUGCUAAAUUAUAAAUACUGAUCUCCCUACGCUGCGUGCCAGUUUUCAUAUCUAGUAUUAAGUCAGUUUAAAUUAAGUGUUGUAGAUACUGUCAUCUCAGUUUACUCUCAGAGCAUCAGCUUGCAAGAUUCUGAGUAUACACGUAAGAGACCAAUAAAAAUGGUUUGCACCUUUCUGCUUCCAACUACAUGCAGAACACUGUCCAAACCUCUGCUUGAAAAAAGGCUGUUGUAGUGAUCUGGCCUCUGUCACAGAAACUUCUUUUCUUGGCUUUGUCCGUCGUAAGAGCCUGGGUAGUAGUUUGGAUGUUGGAGGAAUGCCUCCCAUAUCGGGUGACCCAUUGCCCCACGGCCUUUGCUCCUCGCCUAGCUCGGAGUGAGGGAGUGCUCCUAGUGGGUGCUGUAUCCCGUGUCACAAAAGCACCUUUCUACACAACAGGGGUACAGAGAAUGGUCCACAGCCUAGUGGUUCUCCUUGGGUCGGCUCCAGCCCGCUGUAGUUGGAUUUCAGACCUCCCCCUGUGCUUCUAGCAAACACCCUCAUUGGUGGGGAUGUUCUUUCGCCCAAGCCUGGCAGAGAUAUCAGAGAGACCUGGAGCUCCUGGUGCUGCCUCCAAGCAACUGCUAGAGAGGAUAAAUGACCGUACCACUUAUGCAUUACUGGAUCCCAGUCAACCAUGAGGAUUAUCUCCUGUCAGUCGACCCUUGUGGUUAUAGUUGUGGUUACACUCACUGUGGUGUGCUGCGUUGAAGCUAAGACUACACCGAAGCCCAAAUACCAGUACACCAAGAAGCCCGUCUCUCAGAUCACCGUGCACAGCCCUGUAACCACUGGCAUGCCCAAGACUCACAAGGUAGUGCCGAGCACAAAACCUGUGGAGCCCCGUCCACUACCCACCACAGACAAGACCACCCAUCCAAGUCACGUCUUUCCAAAGUACUACACAGACAUCACUGAGGCUCCUGGUGUUGGCCCUGAGAACUAUACCCUAGAUUACAACGAAUGCUACUUCAACUUCUGUGAGUGCUGCCCACCUGAGAGAGGCCCCAGGGGGCCAAAGGGAGACAGAGGCCUGGCAGGACCACCAGGGGACAGAGGCCUUACAGGAGCAGCUGGUUUACCAGGAUCACCAGGAGUGAGUGGUCCUUCUGGAUUAAAAGGAGACAAAGGGGACAAAGGUGACAGAGGAGGCAGUGGGACAUCCGGGUCACCUGGGGGCCCAGGAAAGCCAGGACAAAAAGGUGAUUUGGGCUCAAAAGGUGAGAAAGGUGAUAUAGGGUUGCAAGGUGUCAAAGGUGGCAUUGGGGAAAAAGGGGAACCUGGCUUGAACGGGACUGCUGGUGAGAAAGGAGAACCGGGGAAAGAGGGGCCAGCUGGACCUCCAGGAAUGGCUAUUGCAUUAGGUCCUAAGGGAGACAAGGGGGAUAAAGGGGAGUGUGGCCUGUUUGGGGAGAGAGGGAUGAAAGGUGAGCCAGGGGAUCCUGGACCUCCUGGCAUCCCAGGAGUGAUGGGCAUUCCAGGAAUAAAUGGAAAGCAUGGUUCCUCAGGUCCUGGAGGUAUCCGAGGGGAUCAAGGACCUCCUGGACCACAAGGGGAACCAGGGGUUAGAGGAGUACAAGGGCCACAAGGCAUAAGAGGGAUGCCUGGGCCAAAAGGGGACAGAGGUAACCCUGGCAAGAGAGGUGAUCGGGGCUUCCGUGGAUUCAAAGGAGCUAAAGGAUCCGGGGUUCCUCAGACACGCUCAGCCUUCAGUGUGGGCAUCUCUCCAAGAAAAUCCUUCCCUCCCUCCGGCUUCCCAAUCCGCUUCGACAAAGUAUUCUACAACGAAGAGAACCACUUCAAUGUCACUUCCAACAGCUUCACAUGUGUCCAUCCUGGGGUUUACGUCUUCUCCUUCCACAUCACCGUACGAAAUCAGCCCCUGCGAGCCACGCUGGUGGUGAAUGGGUCACGGCGGGUAAGGACUCGGGACUCUCUGUACGGUCAAGACAUCGACCAGGCGUCCACUCUGGUGGUGCUGCGGCUGGCGGCGGGUGAUCAGGUGUGGAUGGAGACGUUCAGAGACUGGAAUGGGGCGUAUGCCAGCAGUGAGGAUGACAGCAUCUUCUCCGGAUUUCUGCUUUACUCAGACAAUGUCUGAUACCCUACUAAAAAUAUCUUCUUCUAUUGGACUGUUCCAUCAUGACUAUAUUCUUGGAAAGGCCAAAUCCUGGUGGUGCUACAUUAUACUCAUCACUUAUGAACUGCUCAAAAAGCUGUACUGCACGCUAUUCUAAAAAUUAAGGAC